GCAAGAAAAAAUGGAGAAAAAUUAAUACGUGAAUCCAGCGCCUCCGACUUCAAACUGGAUCCCUCCAGUCUUCACCCGUCCAGCUGAUGGCAUGCCGAUCACCAAUUCACCUGAGAGGGCGAGUCUGAAUGGCGCUCUAGUCCUUCGCCACUGCUCACCAUCUGCAACGCUGCUCUCCUCCUCCUCCGCCCCAUCUCCUCUCUGAUCGCCCGUCCAUCCUAUAUUUCAACAUGGAUUCAAUGACCGACGACAAAGAGGGAUGCUACUUGAACCAAAGCGUUAAGUUUUUCUAUGAGAAGAGCGGCAAGAACAUCAGCGCUACCUGGCGCACACGUGACUAUGUGAUCGUCACCAUGGGAAUGACGGUCUGCCUCAUUGUGAUCUUUUCCAACCUUUUGGUCAUCGGGGCCAUUUUAAAAAACAGACGCUUUCACUUUCCCAUCUACUACCUGUUGGGAAAUCUGGCUUUGUCGGACCUCUUCUCAGGUAUCUCCUACUUCCACCUGAUGUUUCACACUGGCCCCUGGACCAUCAAACUGUCUAAGCACCAGUGGUUUGUGCGACAGGGGCUGAUCGACACCAGUCUGACGGCCUCGGUCCUCAACCUGCUGGCCGUGGCCGUGGAGCGUCACCAAACCAUCUUCAACAUGCAGCUGCACAGUAAGAUGAGCAAGCGGCGGGUCUUCAUCAUCAUUGUGUUCAUCUGGCUGGUGGCGAUAAUCAUGGGCCUCAUCCCCACCAUGGGCUGGCACUGUCUCUGCGACCUGGACGAGUGCUCCACCAUGGCGCCGCUGUACAGCCGCAGUUACCUGGUGUUCUGGGGCGUCCUCAAUCUCAUGACCUUCUCCAUCAUGGUGGCAGUCUACACCCGCAUCUUUUUGUAUGUCAGGCACAAGAGCGAGCAGAUGUCACGGCACACGUCCCAGAUAAGACACAAAGAUACGGUGUUCAACCUGAUGAAGACUGUCUCCAUGAUCCUGGGCUGUUUUGUGAUCUGCUGGACGCCCGGUCUGGUUGUGCUGCUGCUCGACGGCGUGGGCUGCGAUCGGUGUCAGGUGCUGCGCUACGAGAAGUACUUCCUGGUGCUGGCCGAGUGCAACUCCUUCGUCAAUCCCAUCAUCUACUGCUUCAGGGACAGAGACAUGCGGAGGACCUUUAAGGAGAUCCUGUGCUUCCUGUGUCGGCGUGGCGGAAACCAAAAGGACAUCUCUGGAACUCACUUUAACACCCUGGACCAUGAGACCUAUAAGUCUCGUUCUGAGAUGCCGAUACAGAGGAGCAACGGGACGCCUCUCAUCCACGGAGGCUCGGAAGACGCACCUGCCUCCUCGGACAACUGAGGAGUUAAACUUAAACAACGAGGAACUUUCAGCAGAGAGAGAGAGGAUGUGUACCAGCAAAUCUGCAGAUCUGUGUGUGCUCACAUAAACAAACCUUGAAGUCUGUUCCUCCUCAGUCGACAGGCUGUUUAUUCUGUAUGUUGGAUCUUUACGUCUGCUGCUGACGGAGAAGAUUCAUUUAGUUAAUGUCUUUUGUUAAAGACAAACCUUAUCAGCUUCUAAUAUCAGAUGUUCGUGGCUCAUUUGUGACGCAUUGAUUUGAGGAGGCGAAGGCCCCCUGUUGCCGAAGCUUUUACACGAAGACAUUUCCUGUUUGGACGUAAAUAACCUGCCAGUCCCGUCCCCCCCGUCCCCCCCGUCCCCCCGACUGUAUGGUGGUUGAAGAGGCAGCUAACCAAAUGGAACAUGUCUGCAACGGAAGAGACUGUCUCACAGCAGAAGAAUGUGCAGUUACAAGGCCAGCUGCAGGCGGUGUCAUGUUUAAUGUCAGUUACCAGUUUAUUAGGUACACCUGACUAAAACUAAUGCAGUCCUGUCCCAGCGCUGGCGACACCCGGUGGUUGGAGUUAUGUUUUCCGUUCGACCGUCCAAGUCUUGUGAACAUGAUGUUUCGAGUCCGCCUUGAGGGAAUUUUUUCAAAUUUGGUACAAACGUUCAGUUGGACUCAAUGAUGAACUGAUUAGAUGUUGGUGGUCAAAGGUGAAGAUCACUGUGACCUCACAAAACAUUUUUCUUUUUGCCCUGUGAACGCAAAAUCGUAACAAAGCCUUGAGAGAAUCCUGUCAAAUUUGAUGUAAAUGUUCACGUGGACUCACAGAACCACUGAUUAGGUCUGGAUGCUCAAAGGACAAAGAUCAAGGUCACGUCGCCUCACCAAAACAAUUUUUUGGCGAGGGACUUUCUUCAAAUCAUCACCCAAAGAGGAAAUGAUAAACUUCCAGUGGUGGAAGUUUUACGAUGACCUCACAUCAUUGUGAAUGUGAUGUGUCAUGGAACAGCUGGAGCUGCACUGGUUGGCCGAGACAACACAACCAAAUCAUUUCAGUGGUAAAUAUUUUUAAGUAAUGUUGAUUCGUCUUUACCAUAAUUUUGGAGGCUGUAGUUUGUGGUGCUGCGUUCCACAGGGAGGUGUUUGGUAUUUAUCCUGUCCUCGUUGAUUUGAAUAGAGUGGACAAAAUGAUAGAAAUCCCGCUGCAGUAUAAUGCAAUAAAUGAACUGCAAAUCUCCAAAACGAUUACACGAUUAUAAAGUUAUUAUAAACAGAAUCUGAGCUUUAUAACCUUCGUGCAGGAGGAUUUAUUUGUUGGUGUGUAUAGAAUCACCGGAAAUCAGAUUUUUAGGUUUCAUGUGCACAAAGUCACCGAGGCUCAUACUAGAGACACUCUGCAUAUACACAGAACUUUUAUAAAGGGGAUUUUAUAAAGGGCGUUAACAGAUGGGUUUGUUAAAAGUUGAUUGAAUCCUUGACUCCAUGGAUUACUCAUAGUGUAUUAUCAAGACCAUGUGGGUUGCCAGGUUGUGAAGGUUGUGAAACUCGCUCAGUGUUUUUAACCAAACCUCUGACAUUCUGCAUGAAAACCCCGUCUUAACAAAACCCUUGAGUCCAAGACGUUUUUUUAAAGAACAUAAUAUUUACUGCUGCUCUUGUUUUAAUCUAAAAUAUAUUCCAUGUUUACAAACUUUAAUUAUCAAUAGUGGCAUUAAUUUAUUACACAGAUUGUAUUAUUUAAAUUGAAGACGUCUUGGUUUAUUUUAUUUAGUUGUAUCGGUAAAAAGAAAUCAAUAAAGAAAGUUAUAAAGAUGAAAAUACAGAGGAUUUAGCUACAUUUCUCACAACCUGGCAACAAAACAUAUUCAUAUUACUGUAUAAUCACAAAUCUAACAGCAUAACUCAAUGAUUUGUCUUUUAAAGUUAAACUUUUCUUUGGUGUCCAGAGCCCUCUCAUCAUUUCUUCUCUAACAAAUUAGAUAAAUCUUCCUUGUUUUAUGAUUCUGGCUACAUUUUAAUUUAAAGAGACGCAUCUCCCGAUGUUGUCAAUGAUUUCUUUUAAAAUUCUACUUUUGAUUUUACUCUGACGGAUGAGAAUGUGUUUGUGUCAUAAAGUUCAGUGGAACCUCUGCAGUUUGACUUUUUGUAGUUUUGCAUUUAUACACAAUGUUUUAUAAACUGUUCCAAUUUUGUAGUUCAAAGAGUUUUUGCUGUGCGUCCUGUAAAUCGUCUCUAAGCUGGAAUGACACGAUAUGCCUCCGUCAAAUGUUUGUGAUGUCAAAACUUUAUUUAUGCUCAUUUUGUGGAUAUUUCCUGCACUUAAACAGAUUAAUACCUUAAAGGAAAAACAAUAUUUUAAAGUUUUCAUCAUUUACCAGCUACAAUCAUUUCUUUCUGUUAUGUACGACAGUAAACAGCCGAGAUUUGACGCUUCACGUUUAAAUGUGGUGCAGCUGAUUAAUACAUGUCUGUGCAAACUGACAUCCAGCUGUUGAUGUUGUCAGUUUCCUUUGUCAUAGACUGUUUAUAAAGAUGGACGACGCCUCGGCACUUCCUCGCUUUCUAGAAAGAUCAAGCUAAAAAUAUCCCUGAUACGAGUGCCGCCAUCUUGCAAUUUUUUACCAAAUUUAGUUUUUUUAAAGCGUCAACUAAUCAUCCACUAACAUGGAGGAGAAGGGGUUGAUGACGGAUACUGCUACCAGCCACAAGGGGGCGAUCAAAAUGAUUUGGCUUCACUUUUGAGCACCCAUCAUGUCGUCCAUCUUUAUUUACAGCCUUUGGUCUCACGCUCCACCGUGACCGCCCGACAGUGACGUCAUUAAAAACGUUGAAU